CGCCGCCGCCACGCGCAAGGGCUUAUGGGCGCUGAGCUUCGGGGUCCCGGGGAAGGGGCGCCGGUGGCUGCCAUUUUGAGUUGCGAACCUAGUCGCUACGUUCCACGCAAAGGGCGGAUUGCCAAGCCCCUGUUACCAGCAGCAGACGCCGCCUCCAGGGACUGGGAAGUCGGGGUACCAAAUAGCACCACGUUAAUGGAUACCAUGACUAGUUCAGGAAAAGAUAACUACAGAAUGAAAAAUUACAAGAAUAAAGCACUAAACCCCCAAGAGAUGCGUAGAAGGAGAGAAGAGGAAGGAAUACAGCUUCGAAAACAAAAAAGGGAAGAACAGUUGUUCAAACGUAGGAAUGUCUCUCUCCCCAGAAAUGAUGAAUCUAUGCUAGAAAGCCCUAUCCAGGAUCCAGAUAUCAGUUCUACUGUACCCAUUUCAGAGGAAGAAGUUAUUACCACAGAUAUGGUCCAAAUGAUUUUUUCUAACAACGCUGAUCAACAGCUAACAGCAACACAGAAAUUUCGAAAGCUACUCUCUAAAGAACCUAAUCCACCAAUAGAUCAAGUUAUACAGAAACCAGGAGUCGUACAGAGAUUUGUGAAAUUUCUUGAAAGAAAUGAAAAUUGCACUUUACAAUUUGAAGCUGCGUGGGCAUUAACUAAUAUAGCAUCUGGAACUUUUCUACAUACCAAAGUAGUGAUUGAAACUGGGGCUGUUCCAAUUUUUAUCAGACUCCUUAAGUCAGAACAUGAAGAUGUUCAGGAACAGGCUGUUUGGGCACUUGGCAAUAUUGCUGGUGACAAUGCAGAAUGCAGAGACUUUGUUUUGAAUUGUGAAAUACUUCCACCACUUUUAGAGUUAUUAACAAAUUCAAACAGACUUACGACAACCAGAAAUGCUGUGUGGGCCCUCUCAAAUUUAUGUAGAGGCAAAAACCCUCCUCCAAACUUUAGUAAGGUUUCACCUUGCUUAAAUGUCCUGUCCCGAUUGUUGUUUAGCAGUGAUCCAGAUGUGUUAGCAGAUGUGUGUUGGGCCCUUUCUUAUCUCUCCGAUGGUCCCAAUGAUAAAAUUCAGGCAGUCAUUGAUUCUGGCGUCUGUCGAAGAUUGGUAGAACUUUUAAUGCACAAUGAUUAUAAAGUGGUGUCACCUGCAUUAAGAGCAGUUGGUAAUAUCGUGACUGGUGAUGAUAUUCAAACACAGGUAAUUUUGAAUUGCUCUGCAUUACCCUGUCUCUUACACUUACUGAGUAGCCCAAAAGAGUCAAUUAAAAAAGAAGCCUGUUGGACUGUUUCUAAUAUAACUGCUGGAAAUAGAGCUCAGAUUCAGGCUGUAAUAGAUGCAAAUAUUUUUCCUGUUUUGAUUGAGAUUCUUCAGAAAGCGGAGUUUCGCACCAGAAAAGAAGCAGCUUGGGCUAUAACUAAUGCAACAUCAGGAGGCACUUCAGAACAAAUAAGGUACUUGGUAGCCUUAGGUUGCAUUAAACCACUUUGUGACCUUUUGACUGUUAUGGACUCCAAAAUAGUCCAAGUGGCUUUAAAUGGACUUGAAAAUAUUUUACGCCUUGGAGAACAAGAAUCUAAGCAGAAUGGAAUAGGCAUUAAUCCAUACUGUGCUCUCAUUGAAGAAGCAUAUGGUCUGGACAAAAUUGAAUUUCUGCAAAGCCAUGAAAAUCAGGAAAUUUACCAAAAGGCUUUUGAUCUGAUUGAACAUUAUUUUGGUGUAGAAGAAGAAGACUCUAGCAUUGUACCUCAGGUGGAUGAAAACCAACAACAGUUUGUAUUUCAGCAGCAGGAAGCACCUAUGGAAGGGUUUCAGCUUUAACUAUUUGGAGCUACAGAGUAAUAGUUAAAAACGAUAACUUCAGAUAUCUCUUCUUUGUUGCCAGUGUCAGUAGGAAUGUUGGAUGUUUUUACACAGAACAGAAAAGAAGGCAGUUGAUGCACUUUUAAAAAAAGCAAAAUGAAACAAAAUUUCCAUUCAGAUGCAACUUUUCCAGUAUAACUUUUUUUGGUAUGUAUGUUUAUUUAUGUCUUUUGUUUUGGAGUUUUGUAUCUGACUUGUGAAUAAUUAAAUACAUUAUAUAUUUAGUAACUUAGCUUGAAAAGGAGAACUUUGGUAAAGUAUUACAUAAUGGUUCUGAAUUUUUUCAAGCAUUCUUGGAAGCUGCACAUUAGCAGUACAGCUGUUGAUAAUUGCAUUUUGGCAGUAUGUCUGACAUGCCCAGUCUCUACUAAAUCUACCUCCAGCUUGAAGCAAAAAUAAUAAUAAUAGCAAAGCUUCAGAAGCAUGAAAUAGCAUAAAAGUUCAAUUAGAAUGUGAAAAUAUUUAUUACCUUAAAUUAUAAAUCACUGUGCUAUAGAUUAUACUUUGCAAAAAAAAGAAAACCUGUGAAAUUUAUUUAUAAAACAGAAGAAAUAUUGUACUGAUAAUCAGAUAUCUAUUAAAAUGUGGCAAUUGUGAAGAGAGAAGCUGUUCUUCAUGGUGAACACAUUAAAAGGUUAUAAAACAUUUAAAUAUUUGUUUUUAACUUAAUAAAUGCUGUUAUAUUAGUAUAUUUUGUAUUUUGACCAAAUAUACUCUCAUUUUUGAAAUAGUUUUUUUAUUAUUUUUUCACUCUUCAUUUUAAAGAGCAUCAUGACAGAGAUGCAGUCAUGAAUCUAAAGUAGUGCUGCAUAGCAAAAAUAAUACUGUAAUUCUUUCUCUGAGUUUUUUCAGACUAGUAAUUGAAAAAUUUCACUUUCUGUGUAGUGAUGAACUUAGGUAUUUCAAUGACAAAUUAUUUUGAAGAAAUCACCUUGUUAUUUAUCAAAUUUUAUUAAAUGCAUUUAAUGUUUGGACACGAAAUAAUAUUAAUGAACGUGGCUAAGAAUUCUUUAAUUUUGUUGACAUCUGUAUUAGAAUUUUUUCUGCUGCUUGUUACAAAACAGCGUAUUGAAUUACGUUUGUAUCAGAUUGAUCAGUAUAAUGUGUGUUGUUUCAUGUUUUAACAGCAAAACCUCUUCAAACUAUGAAACUUAAAAAGUUACAAUAGAAAACAUUAUAUUUAUUUAUUUAUUUAGAUAUAUAUGUGUGUCUGUGUAGUAUUCUCACAAUACAAUGCUCAAUACAGUUUUCUAAGCAGGUAUAGUAUUAUUGAACUCAAAUCUUAAUUUAAAGUUAUUAAUGCAGGCUAUUUACAUCUCCAAUUAUAUACCUAGAAUACUUAUUUCAAAAUAUAGUUUACAGCUGUUCAUGGUGGAAACUAAAGCAGUUUUGAUAUGAUUCAUAGUCUGUUCUGUAAAGAAAGAUUUCAUCUAUGAAAGCAUUUAUAAUGUUUCUACUGGAAAUCAGAGGCAUGUUACAAGUGGAAAAUGAAUAUAGUAUGACACUUUGUAAAUUAUAUAUCAUGAAACUAAGCUUUUGGCAAGACACUUAAAACCUACAGCUAUCAGGUACAGGUUUAAGUGGUGUCCAUAAUGCUGACUGCAUCUGCCAAACAUUUUUUAUAUUCUUAAGUAGAGGAUUGUAUCUGUGCCCUUUUUAUUGUAGUGGAAGUAUGAUGUUUAGUGUAAACACUUUCUCUUUUACAUUAUGUACACUCUAAAGAACAGGGUAAUUAUAUUAAAAAUUACCACAUUGAUGGUGAAUUUAUCAGAUAAACACUUUGUGGUACAGAUGGUUCUAAGUGUCAGGUAACAGGGUAUUCCACUCUUUCUAAUUAAUUUAAUUUUGAUAAUGUAGCAUAAUUCAAAAACUAACCAGCUGUGCCUGCUUUUAUUUUGAGGACCCUGUAGUCACUGUUAAGAGUCCUGGUGAUGCAGUAGUUAAGUGUUCAGCUGCUAGCUGAAAGGUUGGUGGUUUGAACCCACCAGCUGCUCGGUGCUCCAGGAGAGAAAGAUGUGGUAGCCUGCUUCUGUUAAUAUCACAACCCUGCAAACCCUAUGGGACAUUUCUCCUCUGUCCUAUAGGGUCCUUAUGAGUCGGAAUUGACUCGAUGGGAAUGGAAUGGGUAGUCACUGUAACAAAUCUCUAAGCCAAAUCUGUUAAACAAAAUAGCUGUUAUAGGAGGAAAAAAUACAUACGUAUGUGUACACACAGAAUGUCUUUGAAGGGAGGAUUUUUUAAUUUUUGCUGGUAAAACAAACUUUAUCUCUUAAUACAGAAUAUUAUUCUUUAAGCAUUGAAAUACAAAAUUAUAUUUGAUUUCUUGGGUCUCUUGGGCAAUUAAUUUGAUUAGAGUUGAAUACAAAAGGCACUAUCUAGUAGUUGGGACCAGCUCUUGACUUGGUGAUGAGUUUAUUGGAUCAAGACUAGCAAAUACGUUGUUCUUAAAAAUUUUUUUAAAUACGGCUACUCUUUUCAACGGUACCAUUUAAAAUGCUCCCAAAAUGUAUUUUUAUUAAUUUUUACUGACCUUGUAAAAAAGUUUUUUUUAACUUGCUUUUCUAAGGUUUAUUUAAAUCAUAAACUAUGCUCAAAAGAAAAAAGUAUUAUAAAGGGGCAUGCAUGGAACAAUAAUGCAAAAAUCAGAAAAAAUACUUGAAAGAGUCCUUUCUGUUCAUUUGAUUAAAGUGUUUUAUUUUGUCUGGAUUUAAAUUUUUACAAGUUAAUCUAUGCAAUUGUGCUUGCUUUUUUUUUUUUAGUAUGUGCUCAACUCACUGAUCUGGUGUUUUUACCUAAAUUUUAUUUUGAAAGGUUGUUCCUAGACCUUAUUUUUUCAUGCCAUUUGUUCACUUACUAGAAGCACCAGAAAAAUAAAGCAAAACAAAUAAAAAUCACAUUAAUAAUGAAAUCUGCUGGCACAGAAGUAACUUCAUAACUUUAAUACCCAUGUGCAGUUUAAGGUUGAUUUGUUGGAUAAAGGACUAAAAUAAGCAUUACCUUUCCCUUCUUAUUUUUUUCUUUCUUAAAAUAGAGCAUUAUGGAAAAAGUAAAACAGUCUUGAAUUUUUGUUGUUAAGUUCGGCAAUCUGCUAGCUGCUUAAUUGUGAAGUUGUGAAAUCAAAUAAUUGUUAACCUUUGCUCAGUUGAUAGUAUAACUGUUUCAUGUAAUCUGACAUUCUAAGAAUCAGUAUGAUAGGGCUCGAAAGAGAUGGUGCAUCUUUAAAACCUCACUGGGGAGUGGAAUGAAGGGAGGGUAUUCUUGCCUAACUGAAUAAACUAACAUUUGAGCAGUAUGCAAUAUUAUGAAAUGUUACAGCAUUAUAUUAAAAUACUAUUUUACAAUUGCAUUUAUAUAAAUGUGUCUUAUUUGUUCUCACUUAUAAUUGUAUAUGCCUAACAGGCAGCAAAAAUAGAUGCCUUCACUGACUAAAAUUCUGUCUACUUUCCAAAACCACUAAGAUUUUUGUUUGUAGCAUAUCUGAUAAAGCAGUAUGUUGCUUUUAUUUUAGAACUUAUAUACUCUCUUGUAAUGGGGAACAUGUCUAAUUUAUGUUUGUAUCUCAUGUCUUGGCAAUUAGUGGACAUUCACAUGUUUUAAUUGAGAUGACAUUUUCUCUUUUUGUUACUUCAAUGCAAUGCAUUUAAGUAGUUUUUAAACCUAAUCAGUUUAAAGGAGAAAAUGUCUGGUUUAACUUUCUCAGUGAACUCUGCAACAUAAGGCUACACAGCUAGUCCCGUAAUCAAGGCUAGGCUUCCCUAGCUUAAUUCGUGUGUUUUAUUUCCACUACAAUGUUGUCUGCUUUGACAGACUUCAUUACCUUCAGCAUCUGAAGCUAUGUUAGAGUAGUGGAAAUAAUCGGAUCAGUUAUGGUUUGAUACUUUGCUGUGAGUACAGGUAGUCCACGAUUUUAUUAGCAAAUGAAUUCCUGAAAAUAUAUGGAAAUACGAUGUGUAGGUCAAAUAAUAAAUGUGCAGUGGGAUUCCCUCCCCAGAAAUCCCUAAGUACACUCUUUAAGUACACUCUUUAAGACAUUUUUGGAAAAUGUAUUUGCUUAACUUUAUGUAUGUUCUCUAAUUGUCUUUUCCUUCAUAUUUGAACAGUUGACUAGUAUCAGGGUUCUCCAGAGAAACAGAUCAGUAGGUUUUAUUUGUUUGUUUGUUUGUUUGUUUGUUUUAGGAAUUGGUUGACAUGACCAUGGGCUCUGGCAAGUUUGAUAUUUGUAGGACAGGGCAGCAGGCUAGAAACCUGGGUAAGAUUUCUUUAUCACCAUCUUGAAGCAUAAUUAUUUCUUCCUUAGAAAGCCUCAAUUUUUGCUCUUAAAGCCUUCAACUGAUUAGAAGCCCAUCCACAUUAUUGAGGGUAUUUUCCUAUACAUGAAAACCUUGAUGGCAUAGUGGUUAAGAGCUACGGGCUGCUAACCAAAAACUAUGGGGCAGUUCUACUCUGUCCUAUAGGGUCGCUAUGAGUUGGAAUCAACUCGACGGCAGUGGGGUUUUUUUUUUUUUCCCCUUAAAGUCAACUGAUGGUAAAUGUUAAUUACACCUACAAAAUACCUUCACAACAGUAUCUAGACUAGUGUUUGACCAAACAAUUGGGCACCAUAGCCUAGCCAAGUUGGUAGAGAAGAUUAACUAUCACAACUUAUUGAGUUCAGUGAGCACAGGAUGCUUCACUUUUAGCACAUCUAAUGAUUUUUAGGUUUGUCUCAGUAGUUUGUUUUAGGAGACAUAGUUGUGAUCAUUACUAAUAGUACUUUAACAUUUCAAUUUUCUACUCCAUUAUAAAAUGAAAUAAAGUUCUCAAAAUAAUUGCACUGGCAAGCACUGCUGUACAGCACUGUCAGAACUCAGAUGUUGAUUGGAGGCAGCCCCACCAAGUAAAGAGCUUGAAAUGCACAGGUUAAUGCACAAACAUUUGAAACUGGGAACAAUAGGCAAUUUAGGAAGUCUAAUGUGUAAUGCUCAAAGGGACCUGUAUUUGAAAAUUGAAUGUUUCAAACUCGUGAAUAACUUUAUUUUUGAAGGAGUUCUCUUAUUUCCUUUCAGUUAUGGUUAACAUAUUUUUUUAAACUAUUACGUAUACUAGAAGAAUCCUGAUCAAAACGGGAAAUGUGGAACAGAAUUUAAAAUUCCAUGAAAUCCAGGUGCUCUGGAGCCACAGAUGGUGGAUGAACCCUGAAAACUGUUGCCCUGAGAUAAUCUUUUAAACGUUAAACCCCUGAAGUUUUCUUAAAACCAAACAAUAAUUUAGCUUAAUUAGUAAAGGAUGUCUGUCUUGAAUAUUAUGCUUUUUUAAGAUCUAUCUAUAUGGGAUCAAAAUGACAACAGCAGCUCUAAAGAUCAGGUAGGAAAUUUAGGGGGCAGUGAGUUUAAGUUAAUGGGGGAGGAACAGCUAAGAAAAGGAAAGUAAGAAUGGUUGCACAAGUUGAAUAUAAUCAAUGUCACUGAAUUGUACCUGUAUAAACAAAUUGGCAUAUGUUCUGUGUAUAUUCUCAACAAAAAAAUUAGAUAAAUUUUUUUUUUAAGUAUGUGUAAUUCACAGUACACUGGAAAUUGUAUCCUACUUACAUUUAUGAUUUUAAAAAUCACAAACAAUGUUAUGGAUUGAAAUGUGGUCCCAGAAAAGAUAAGUUGAAGUCCUAAGCUUUGCAUAGGUGAAUGUGACCUUGUUUGAGAAAACAGAGUUUUUCUUUGCAGAUGUUAUCAGUUAAGGAAGUCAUACUAGAGUUGGAUGGCUUCUAAUCCUAAUCCCUUCUGAGUGGUCUUAUAAAACAGAAGAACAGACACAGAAAUAGGGUUACACACAGGAGAAGACAGCAUGUGAGAAUCCAUCUACAAGUCAAGGGAUGCCUAGAAACGACUGGGGUAACAGAAGCUGAAAAAGACAGGGAUCUUUCCCUAGAGCCAACAUACGAAGUGCAUAGCCCUGAUGACACGCUGAAUUCAGACUUUUAGCCUUCAGAACUGUGAGAAACUACAUUUCAGUGCCCUAAAGCCACCACUUGGUGGUAUUUUGUUAUGGCAGCCCUAAGAAACUAAGGUAAAUGCUAAAUUAAAAUUGUGUGAGGGUAUAUUUCAUUUUAAAAGUUGUUUUAAGGCUUUACUUAAAUUUGAAGACCAAUGAUUUAUACUAUUUUUUUCCUUUCUCUAGUGUUUAUCUUUUUUUAAUUCCUUUUAAAAUUACUGUUUUAGUAUAUUAUCAUUUUAGUAAUAGAUUUUUGAAUUAAUAGUUCUUAAUUUGUAAGACUUUUCACCUAGCUGGGAGCCAUGGAAAAAAUGACAAGAGGGACAACCCAAUUACCAAUAUAGUAGAACUUUGUUUGGAAAUUAGUUUUGCAUUGAAAGAGCUCUUAGUGAUUUAGCUCAACCUCAUUUUAAUAAUAAGUGUAAAGUACUCAUUUUAGCACAGAGUGAAUAAUGACCAAAACCUGGACCAAAUGUCCAGAUAAAUUGUGACAUUCAUACAGUGAAAUACGAUACAGCGGUGAAAAUGUGUGAACUACUGCUACAUACAAUUUGUAGAUAAAUUUAACAAACAUAAUAUUGAGCAAAACAAUUCACAUACACAAGUGCAUAUUGUGUGAUUCCAUUUAUAUAAAGUUCAAAAACAGGCAAACUUAGUUUAUGAUGAUAAAAGUCAGAAUAGUGGUUACCUUUGGGGGGUAAUGACUAAGGAUAGAAAGGAAGCAUCUGAGGUCCUGUUGCUAUUCUACAACUUGACCUGGACAGUAGCUACACAGGUGUAUUCACUUUGUCAAAAUCUAUCACAGUGUAUAUAUAGACUGUGUGCUUUUCUGAAUUACGUUUCAUAGUUUAAUAAAAUGUUUACUUAAAAAAAAAACUCACCAAAAUAAAACCAUAGCAGAUAUGUUAAAUAUUUUGCUU